CGCUUACAAAAAAAUUAAAAGGUAGCUUUUGCUAAACACGUACAACUCAUUUUUUAGAAGUUUUUUCUAAACUGUUAUGCUAAAACAAUGCAUUGUAGGUAAAAUUUUAAUGUAUUUUUAAUCGUAUUGCAGUGAAGUAACAAUGGCUCUUGUCUCAAGACUAGGCCGUACAAAAAUACCUCGCUCGUGUUCUUGUGCUGUUGGAACAACAUUUUCUACAAACGCUGUUCGAAAAUUAACAACACCAGCGGUUGGAAAAACAUCUGAUAGCAACUCCUCAUACAAAUAUGUUGUGUUAGGUGGUGGCACUGGUGGGUUGAGUAUUGCAUCCUAUCUAUCACGAAAGUAUCCUCAUCAAGUUGCAGUUGUUGAGCCUGCACAGUGGCAUUAUUACCAACCUAUGUGGACUCUGGUGGGUGCAGGUCUUAAAUCCAAGGAUCAAACCAUGAAACCUAUGUCACAAGUCAUGCCACCCCAAGCAAAAUGGAUGCAAGAAAAAGUUUCAAACAUUAACGCUGAUGAAAAUUUUAUUGUUACAGAAUCAGGUCACAAAGUUACAUAUGAUUUUCUGGUUGUAGCACUCGGAUUACAACUUGAUUUCCAAAGGAUUCCUGGCCUUGUUGAAGCACUUGACACAGACCAUGUUGCAAGCAAUUACUCAAUCAAUACAGUGGGUGGUACGUAUAACAAGCUGCAGAAAUUUGCUGGUGGGAAUGCAUUGUUUACUGUGCCAGCUACACCUGUAAAAUGCUUAGGUGCACCACAGAAGAUUAUGUAUUUAGCUGAAGAAAUAUUUACAAAGAAUGGAAUUCGAGACAAUACUAAUGUGAUAUUCAAAACUCCUGGCGGAGUACUUUUUGCUGUUGAGAAGUACAGAAACUCGUUAUUGAAAAUUUGCAAGGACAGAAAUAUAAAGAUUGACUUGUUCCGCCAUUUAAUUUCGAUCGACCCAAUCAACAGAAAGGCUGUAUUCGAGCAUGUUGAUGAUGAAAACACACCGAAAAAAACUGAGACAGUAGAUUAUAACUUCAUGCAUGUGACUCCUCCAAUGGGUCCAGUGGAUGUUUUGAAAUCGUCUUCUAUUGUUGAUGCUACUGGAUUUGUUGACGUUCAUCCGGAAACCCUUCAACAUGUAAAAUACUCCAACAUAUUCUCUAUUGGCGAUUCUUCGAAUUUACCAGUGAGUAAAACAGCUGCGGCUGUUGCAUCACAAUCUGGUGUUCUUCGAAAAAAUAUGAUGAGUGCUCUCAGUGGCAAGGAAUUGACUGCUAAGUACAAUGGCUAUACGUCGUGUCCUCUAGUGACGAGAUCAAAUAAAUGUAUUUUGGCUGAAUUUGAUUAUUCUGGAUUGCCACGAGAAACCUUUCCAAUUGAUCAAGGAAGAGAGCACACAUCUAUGUAUUAUAUGAAGGCUAACGCUAUGCCAGAAAUCUAUUGGAACUUUUUAUUGAAGGGACGGUGGCCUGGACCAGAGAUCAUUCGCAAGAUCAUGCAUCUUGGAAUGGUUUGAUAAGAGGAAAAAGGUUUCUUUUUAUAAGCACAAAAUUUAUGUAAUAAUUGUUAGUUGUUUAACUUAUAGAAUUUUUAGAAUUAGUAACACGUACAUGUAAUGUAUUUUUAUUUAUAUGAAUUGUCAUAUAGUCACUCCAAGACCUUCGUAAGGUUUUAAAUGUUUUAGACUUUAUUUUUCACCUUGUACAACUGUUUCUUGCAUAUAACGUACACACAAAUAUAUUUAGAUAUUAUCUUG